AUGCUUCUUCGCACCAUCAUCCUGGUCCUCGUUGCCUCGCUCGCGGCCGCGGCGCCCACUGCUCAGGUCGAUAGCUCUUCUCCGACUUCUAAAGGCACAGCCAAUGUCUUGUCCGAGGGCACCGAGGCUAUCAAGAUCGGCGACAACGAGGCCAUCACGAUCUCCGCCUCCGAGAGCACCGAGGCUCAGCUCGAGGCCCGCAAUUCGGCCGGAUUUGCCGUCAGGUGCUACCUUUCGGACAAGUGUCAAGGCAUUGAGAUGGCCAGCUCUGGCGACCAGUACUACAGGUCUGUGAAGUCUCAAAGUCAUCCCGGCAACUACUGCGAUCCACACCUGCACUCGGACAAUUGGCCACCGCACGCGACAUACCCGCUGAACCUCACCGCCAUGAUCGUCAAGACCGUCAUCUUCGCGCUUCUCGCCUCUAUCGCCGUAGCAGCUCCCGCAGCUGAGGUCGAUGCGACCGCCGUCGCCCCUAAGGGCAACGCGCUCGAGGACCUCUCGAAAAUCGACAUCCCAAACGUCUCCGAUUCCGCUCUGGAGAACAUCAAAGACGGACUUUCGUCACGCGCCCGCGCCGGUAUGGCGAUUCGGUGUUACGACAACAUCGACUGCAAGGGGAAGCAGAUUAUCUUCUCGGGUGACAGAUACGAUCAUGGGCACAACGAGUGGUUCGCCAUUGAUCUCCCAAGCUUGCCCCGGCGUAUCAGCUGCAGCUUGGACACGUGGAAUGGCUGA